AUGCAAUGGAUGAAGACUCUGUCACUGCCAUGUCAGUUCAAGGGUCUGAUUUUUUCUGAAGAAGACCAUGGGUUUAGGCUAGGAGUGGAUGCCGAUGCUAGAUCUAUCCCACGUCCUCAUCUGCGAACUCACAACAUGCAAAUCACGGACCAAGCGACAAGUUUAUCUUGGGACAAUCUCCACUAUUCCCUGCUUGGAUAUCUCAUUGAUGAUAAGGAAGUUGAUGACAAAGCCAUGCAGAACUAUAUGACAGCUAACUGGUCGGUCUAUACCAGAGUUCUUCAUUAUGAUCGAAAUUUCUUUGUGAUUAAAUUUGCAUCUCGAUCGGAGCUUCCGAUGAUUUUGGAUAAUGGACCAUAUGCUAUAGAAGGUGGCCUACUCAUCCUCAGAUGCUGCUACGAUGACGAGGAUUUGGUGUUGGACGGCAUCAAAAUUGAUAAGUUAAGUAUUUGGGUGCGCAUGCAUAGAGUCCCCAUCUCAAUGUUAAAUUAUCGGGGUGUUGCAGAUCUAGCUCGCAGAGUUGGUGAAGUGGCAAUCAUCAAGGAGGAUUGUGUAUCUCUCGGCAAAGCCACCUACGUUAGAGCCAAGCCACUGUACACUAGUUCUUUGCGCGCUCAUACGCAUAAGAAAAAGCGCAGCACCUUCAUCCCCAACCUUAAAGCAGAGCAAAUGAUGGAGUACUACUCCAGGGUGCUAGAAUUUUAUGUCCAGGACGGAUUCACCAUCACAGAUCUGGAGGAAGAUGAACGGGUUCCAUGGUACUCCACCCAAUCCUCCGGCGGUGAUGAUAAUGACAGUGAUGAUGAUAGUAAUCCAGGAGGGCAUGAUGAUGCUAACCAGGGAGAUGAUGAUGAUGAUUACCAGGCAGAUAUUAAUGCAGAUAACUUUUAUAAUGAUGAUCUUCCACCCCAGAAUGGCUUAUUGCCAACCUACCAGAUGAGAGGCCCUUCAGAAGCAAUCUCUUUAGUUUAUUAUGAUCCUAGUCGUAUGGCAGCUCUGGCAGCAGAGGAUUUCCCACCUUCCCCUGUUAUGCACAGUGAGAGUGAACAGAAUGCCCAACCAACCGUGCUCCCAGAUUUGUCUUCUGAAGGUACCCCUGAAUCAUUCCAUUCUUUUAAUUCCAAUCACUUUUACAUGCCACAAUCUUUUUACACCAUUCCAGAAAAUGCACCUCCAGAAAAUAGACUAGAUGAUUUGGAUUUUGUCCUUGAUCUAUUUAUUCCAAAUGUUCCUGAUUUCCCUCCGUUUGAUGAAGUCACUUCCCCUGUAUUUGUACUUCAUGCUGCUUUUGAUGACUUUGUAAUAGAUAGGGAAAAGAGUAUUUGUUCUUUGCAUUCCACUGAGAUAGCAACAUCAGAUAAUUCUACAAUCCAAUCUAGGGAGAGAUUGUUAGAGAAAUUUCUUUCUGUACAGUUGUCUUCUGUUAAUACUUCUUCAGAGAGUUCUGCCUAUUCUGAUAGCUCUGUUGAGCCUUUAAUUAGCCCAUUCCAGAGUAGUGUAAUUGCCUCACCUUCAACCAAGUCUUCUGCAACUAUUCGAAAUCGCUCCUUUAGUCACUUCACUAAAGGAUCUCAGGGAUGGACUAUGUCUGCCCCAGCUUGGGAGGACCUCACUGAUUCAGACUCGGAGGACAGUGUUAUCCAAUACAGAAUGACGGUGCAACAAGCCGUAUCAGAUCCUGAAACAAUACCUGCACAAGUCAUAAAGAAGCCAAGAGGUAGUCUCAAGACUUUCAGGAGACGCUCCAACCAGCACUCUUUAAGGAGGAGGAGAUCAAACAAGCUGACCGCAACUCCAAAGAGGAGCACAUCUGCGUGGUGCAUGAGAAUUGACAGUGAUGGUGAUAGUGAUAUGGAGGUGGCCUCUGAUGGUUCUCCGGCUAGCCUCAAAAGGCACUCUGAAGGCUCUAAUGAUGAUCUCCAAAGACGAACUAAGAGACUGGCAACAACUGAUCAGGAGACAGCUAUUGCUGCCACUGGUGGAGGAGCAUCAAAUUCAGUCUUGGAAGAUGUUUGUAAACUGCAUGGUUUUGCGAUGGUUGUACCAGAUCAACCGUCUUCACCAUCAUGA